UCGUACGCUCGUAGCUGUCGCCGUGUCGUGCAAAGCUUUGAAACUUUCCGUACGUGUAGACAGCAAGUCGUUGGACACAAGGAUUAAACUUCCGAGUCAAUUAUUGGAAGACAGAUACAUCGAUCGUGAGGCAAUUCUUUAGCGAGCUGCAUCGUCGAGAACGAAAAUAGUAUCUUCAAGGAAACCGGUUUACAGUUCCACGAAAGACUGAGACUGGACGACCGGCAUCGUGACAGGAUGAUAACGAUUCGAGGAACAGCGUCGUGCUUCUACCUGACAGUUUUCGUUGUUUGUCACGUGGCUGCUGCAAUGCAGCCCCACAUCGUUUUCAUUUUGGCCGACGACCUGGGAUGGAACGACGUCGGAUUUCACGGGUCGGGACAAAUCCCAACGCCAAAUAUCGACGCUCUGGCAUACUCAGGCUUGCUGUUGGACCGCUAUUACGUUACUCCAAUUUGCACACCGUCCAGGAGCGCUUUGAUGACCGGCAAGCAUCCCAUUCACACAGGAAUGCAACAUGGGGUUCUGAAAUGCGCCGAGCCGAGAGGACUCCCUCUUCACGAGAAGCUUUUACCGCAAUAUCUUCGAGAACUUGGCUAUAGCACGCACAUCGUUGGUAAAUGGCAUUUGGGAUUUUACACGAAAGAAUACACGCCUAUGUAUAGAGGAUUCGAUUCGCACAUUGGCUUUUGGAGCGGUCAUCAUGAUUACUUUGACCACAGUGCCGUGGAAAGUCCAUAUUGGGGAUUAGACAUGAGGAGGGGAUUAAAUUCAGCCUGGGAUCUCCACGGCCAAUAUUCCACGGAUAUUUUCACGAGGGAGGCAGUGAAACUAAUCAAUGAUCAUAACGCCAGUCGUCCAAUGUUCCUCUAUUUACCUCACGCGGCUGUCCAUUCCGGAAAUUCUUACAAUCCUCUGCCAGUACCCGACCAAGAUGUCGCCAAGUUCACCAAUAUCUUCAACUACGAGCGUAGGCGCUUUGCUGGUAUGCUGAGCAAGCUAGACGAGUCGGUUGGCCAGGUGGUCGAAGCGCUUCGCAAGAAGGGGAUGCUAAAAAACAGCGUGAUCGUAUUCUCCACGGAUAAUGGCGGGCCACCAGCCGGUUUCAAUUUAAACGCCGCUUCGAAUUGGCCUCUGAGAGGCACAAAAAACACUCUGUGGGAAGGAGGCGUUAGGGGAGCCGGUUUAUUAUGGUCACCAAGAUUAGUGCGUCCUGGGAGAGUGAGUAGACAAUUGUUUCACAUCAGUGACUGGUUGCCAACGCUUAUAACAGCUGCUGGAGGAAAUCCAUCUAAUUUGAGCAUCGACGGGAUGGACUUAUGGUAUGCGCUGAGCGAAGACACAGAAUCGCCACGAAAAAUGGUUCUUCAUAAUAUCGACGAUAUCUUUGGAGUGGCAGGAAUCACGUAUGGAGACUGGAAGUACAUUCAGGGGUCUACCUAUAAUGGUCAAUGGGACGGUUGGUAUGGCCCAUCCGGAAGGGAAUGGGUUUACGAUAUCGGAGGCGUGAUCGGAAGUACAGCUGGCCGAGCAGUGGGCAGCGUCGGCUUGACUUUGUCUGCAGACACUAUUCGCAGGCUUCGGGAAGAUGCUAUGAUUAAGUGUCCCCCGAAAAAUGAUAGUUUGCCACUAUGCAAACCGCUGGAGGCGCCUUGUCUGUUCAAUGUUCAACAGGACCCUUGCGAGGAUAAUAAUCUUAUAAACAAGUAUCCUUCCCUCGUGACCGAGCUGCGAGACAGGCUACGUAAAUUAAACGCCACUGCGAUAUUACCUGGGAACCUGCCGUGGGAUAACAGAGCGAAUCCAGAUUAUUGGGAUCACACAUGGACUAAUUUCGGUGACUAUCUGAACGUAUUCGCGAAUAAUGUCAGCUGAAGCUACACGAGCAGGAGAAAGAAAACGGAUAAAGUUUAGCAAAGUACGUUGAUAUCUUCGUAUAUCUUUAGACACGCAGGACUAUGAGGUAAAUGCAUCUCGAAGGGAAUUUUUAUUAAACGCGUUGAUUUUU